GUCUGCCCCCACUCAGCUCACUUCCACUCCAGCCUCUCUGUCUGUCCCACACACACACAGGCUGCUGACCGGACACCGCUCACACGCACCAUGCGUACCUGUCCGGAGCCGAUCCACCGCCCCGUCUUGGAUUUUACUAAAGCUUCCGGCUGAUAGGAACCAGGACAGCUGACCUGAAGGAUAACCGACCCGCUGAGAUUUAACUUUUUUCCUCCUGGCUGCUUGUGCGGACUUGUGGAGCGGCGCGGUAAAGGACUUUGUGACUGGGGGUCGGGCCAUGUGCGUUGACCUCUGAGUGUGAGCUCUUUGUGUUUGCGUCCCGUGUGAACUGGAAGCCAUCAUGAGGAGCGGCUCUCACAUCCUGCCUCUCGGUGUGCUCACUGCUCUGCUGCUGUCUCAGGUCUGCUCGGGCAUCAAAUGGCUAGCGCUGUCACACACACCCGCCUCUAGACCCGUCAACCAGACGCAGCACUGCAAGCUGCUCCCCGGCAUGGUGUCCUCCCAGGCGCAGCUGUGCCGCAGCAACCUGGAGCUCAUGCAGACCAUCAUCCAAGCCGCCCGCGAAGUCAAGAAAACGUGUCAGAAGACGUUCGGCGACAUGCGCUGGAACUGCUCCUCCAUCGAAAUCCCCGUCAACGCCACCAAGUAUCGACCGGACCUGGAGAGAGGAACGAGGGAGGCCGCUUUUGUGUACGCGUUGUCGGCGGCGACCAUCAGCCACGCCAUCGCCCAAGCCUGCACCUCCGGGGAUCUACGGACGUGUUCGUGUGGCCCCAUCCCCGCAGAAAUCCCGGAGCCCGGCUACCGCUGGGGCGGCUGUGCCGACAACCUCAACUACGGCAUCUUCAUGGGCUCCAAGUUUUCAGACGCCCCCAUGAAGAUGAAGCGCUCCAGUUCCAGUGCCAACAAACUGAUGCAGCUUCACAACAGUGAAGUCGGGAGACAGGCACUGAAAGAGGCGCUGGUGAUGAAGUGUAAAUGCCAUGGUGUUUCUGGGUCCUGCUCCAUAAGGACCUGCUGGAAAGGCCUCCAGGACCUCAGGGACAUCGCCAUGGACCUGAAGUCCAAGUACCUGUCUGCUACCAAGGUGGUUUACCGGACCAUGGGCACGCGCAAGCAUCUUGUCCCCAAAGACAUUGAUGUCAGGCCACUGCGGGAGAAUGAAAUGAUCUAUUUGCACAGCUCCCCGGACUUCUGCACCAAGAACGAAAAACUGGGUUCUGUUGGGACGCAGGACAGGCAGUGCAACAAAACAUCUGUCGGCAGCGACAGCUGUGACCUGAUGUGCUGCGGCCGCGGCUACAACCCCUACACAGAGUUGCUGGUCGAACGCUGCCACUGCAAGUACCACUGGUGUUGCUACGUAACCUGCAAAAAAUGUGAGCGCAAUGUGGAGAGAUACGUCUGCAAGUGAUCCACCGGCGGAUAACUCCUCGGCUUCGUAUCGAGCCCCCUCCCCAGGCUACAGAUUAACCAACGCACUACAAUACCCAGAAGGCUUACUUCAGUCUUCAGCUUUAGCAUGCGUAUCUCGACAAGAGUUGGUAUAUUCUUGUGCAGUAUCCAUAACGCGUUUCAUCUCCAAAACGUCCAACUGGGCUUCGAGGUUUCUUGAUGGGAAAAGUGUGGAAAGAGGACCGUCCUAACGGGUGUUAUCUGCUAUCAUGUUAAUAAUCAUAACCCCUCACCCUGUGACAGAGAUACGGGAAGCCAGUUUAAACAUAUCUCUAGUAAAAAGAAAUAAUAUUGGAUUUUAUGCUGGAGGAUAUGUUUGGCCUCCUUCCCUGGAUAUCAAAGGGCUCUCAUGGAUUCAUAUUUUUUUAGGUACUAUCAAAACUUUUUUUUUUUCCUCUGGAGCAAUACGCCACAGAGGAACACAAAGGGAAAACCUCACGUACUUUUCAAUCACGGAACAUUUUUGUGGUUGAUGCCUGGGACUCGUCACGUGCCCCGCCUGGACCCUGACGUGCCUGAUUCCCUGCGGAACGAGAGAAGAAAUCAAAGAACUUUGUGAAACGGUGCAUUAUCUCAAUUUCGUCUGACAUGCAGGCAGAUCAAAAUAUAUUCUAUUUUUCAGAGCAUAUGAGCGUAACUCAUGGAUUUUGUAAACCACUUUUGUGUGGGUGUAUAUACUGUUAUUUUGUAUACUGAAAUAAAGAAAUAAGUAUUUAUAAAAUAUCCCAUAACCUCACAGACUUUAUGCAUUUUAAAUUAAACACCAUUUAGAGCCAUGUUGUUUCAUAAAAUUUACAGCAACUGCAGCAUAUUUUGUAUUAAAACAGAUCAUCUCAGCAUUCCUCGAAGACAUAUUCAUACCACUUGAGCUUCAAUAUUAUUUACUGGACUUUAAUGUGACAGACCAACACAAGGCAGUGCAUAAUUGUGAAGUGGAUGGAAAAUGAUAAAUGGGUUCAAAUAAAAAUCUGAAAAAUAUGGUUUGGAUUUCUCUCUGAGUCAACACCUUAUUUGAGAACAACUGCUGCAGCAGAUCUUCUGGGGUAUUUUUCUGUGAUUUGCACAUCUAAAGAUGGACAUUUAAGCCUUUUCUUCUUUUCAAAUCAGCGCAGGCUCAGACUGUAGGGAGAGUUUCUGUGAACAGCUAAUGUAUGUUUAAGAAUGUUGUCCUUUCUUUCACUUAAGCUCUGACCAGCUUCCCUCUCCAUGUGGCACAAAAGCAUCCCCACAAACAAUGGUGGGCACACCUCCGCUAAAGCGCUAAUAUCCGCCAUAAUUGUUCUCUUAGCACCUUUACUAAUUUUAAAACUUAGCGUCCAUUAAAUUACAAUUUCAGGUCAAAUUCUAAACCGCUAAUUUCCUUGGCGGUUUUGUGAAGUUCCCGUUUAAAAUAAAGUUUGACAUCAGAGUUUUAAGUUUUGGUCACGUUUAUAUUCAUGCUCUGUUUUUAAGAGUAUGUAUCUUUAUCUUGCUUAAGCAGCAGUUUUGUUUCCUCUCCUCAGUUUCUCUGUUUUUCCCCGUAUGCAUUUAUGCCAAAUAUGUACUGGAACAAAAUAAAACAUGGAUAGUGGGAACAAGACAUAAAGAUAAACACAACAUUUAAGUGCAUUAUAAAGCAUGUAAGUUAUAAUGUUAAAAUUGGUGCUGGAGUGAGAUCAUUUGAAUUGAAGUUAGCGCUUCAGCGUUAGCGUCUGCUAAGUACCGUGUGUAAAGCAAAGUUUAGCGUUAGCAGAGCUAAUGCUUAUGAUUAUUGUUUCGGAGUUAGCACAACUAACCUUUUAUUUAGAGGGACCACCACAAUUUAUUCACAACUGUUCACUACUUCGUGUUGGUCUAUUACAUAAAAGCCUAAUGAAAUACACCAAGGUUUCUGGUUGUGCAGUGAUAAGAUAAAUAUAAAUAUUUGUAAGGCUAUUUAACCGAGUUGAAGGGUUCAACCUGACAGGCUGUUUGGAUUAUUCAACUGAACGUUUUACCUACUUAAUUAAUAAA